CGCGGUCACACUGUUCAAAAAAUUUGCAAAAAGAACGCACGUUCCCGUGUGGAAAUCAAUACGAAAUCAACAAAAAGUGAUCGAUUUUGCAACAGACGCAGCACAGAACGCGCCAGAAGUGCAUUACUCAUUGUCCGACAGCCAACGCGCGUGUUUCCCCAGCUGCCAGCCGACAGCCAACCACAAAGCAAUCGCACUUUUGUUGUGGAAAAUUUUGCAGUCGUCGCCGCCGCUGCCGCCAACGAGCGAACGAAAAAAAAAAUUUGCGCGUCGUCUGUGCCCGUCUGUGCCUGCGCCAGUUUGAGUGUGUGUGUGUGUAUAUCCGUGUCGCACGGCCUACAUUGUCAAUUAACAAGCGCGAAACACUGUGAUCACCCUUUUUCCAACGCGCCGCCAGCACUUCCACAGUCUACGCCAGCAUGUCCACUCCACGACCUGAGGAGCACCAGAAGUUCUCCGCCGCCGCCGCCCUCUGCCCGCUCAGCAACUGCCAGUUCAGCGGCGUCGUAAUUAGCGCCAUCGCUGACGAGCAGAAGCUCGAAUUUACCAACAAAUACAAGGGCAGCUGUACGCUGCUCUGCAGCUACGACUCCCAGGGCAUUGUGCUGCGAAUAGUGUUGGAUGCCGACCGGGAGAAUGUGCUCAAGGAGUACAUGAUAGCGGCGGACACGGACGCGGCCCAGCUGGGCCGACGUAGCUAUGCAGUCACCCUGGAGUCGGACAACCUGGUGCUGAGGUUUGCCAGCGACCAGGACCAGCAGCUCUUCCGCAAGGUGGUGGAGAAUGUGAAACACCUAAGGCCCAAGUCUGUGUUUUCGCAGCGUACCGAGGAGUCUUCCGCAUCGCAGUAUUUCCAAUUCUACGGCUAUCUGAGUCAGCAGCAGAACAUGAUGCAGGACUAUGUGAGAACGAGCACGUACCAAAGGGCCAUUCUGGGAAAUGCAGUCGACUUCCAAGAUAAAAUCGUACUGGAUGUGGGAGCUGGCUCUGGUAUUUUGUCGUUCUUUGCCGUACAGGCUGGUGCGGCUAAGGUGUAUGCCAUUGAGGCUUCUAAUAUGGCUCAGUAUGCGCAGCAAUUGGUCGAAUCGAACAGCGUGCAGCAUAAGAUCUCUGUGAUACCCGGCAAGAUAGAGGAGAUCGAAUUGCCCGAGAAAGUAGAUGUCAUCAUAUCUGAGCCCAUGGGCUAUAUGCUGUACAACGAACGCAUGCUGGAGACUUAUCUGCAUGCGAGGAAGUGGCUCAAGCCCAAUGGCAAAAUGUAUCCCACACACGGGGACCUCCACAUUGCGCCCUUCUCUGACGAGUCGCUCUACUCGGAACAGUACAACAAGGCAAAUUUCUGGUACCAGUCGGCCUUCCAUGGCGUCGACCUCACCACCCUGCACAAGGAGGGCAUGAAGGAGUACUUCCGCCAGCCGAUUGUGGACACUUUCGACAUUCGAAUCUGCAUGGCAAAGUCUGUUAGGCAUGUUUGCGAUUUCCUCAACGACAAGGAGGAUGAUCUCCAUCUAAUUGAUAUCCCCCUGGAAUUCCAAAUACUCCAAACUGGCAUCUGUCAUGGGCUGGCGUUCUGGUUCGACGUUGAGUUCAGUGGCAGCAGCCAGAACGUGUGGCUUUCCACCUCACCCACGGCUCCAUUGACGCACUGGUACCAGGUGCGCUGCCUGCUGCCCAUGCCCAUCUUCAUCAAGCAGGGCCAGACGCUGACGGGACGGGUGCUGCUCGAGGCCAAUCGGCGGCAGUCGUACGAUGUCACCAUCGAUCUGCAUAUUGAGGGCACGUUGAUAUCAUCGAGCAACACUUUGGAUCUUAAGAAUCCGUAUUUUCGGUACACGGGGGCGCCGGUCCAGGCGCCGCCGGGGACUAGUACGCAGAGCCCGUCUGAACAAUACUGGACACAGGUCGAUACGCAGGGCUCGCGAAAUUCUUCUAGCAUGCUAAAUGGUGCUCUUGGUGUCAAUGGAAUCGGUGAUGGCAGCAUGGACAUAACCCACGGACUCAUGCAUCCGCACUAGUUUGACGGUAAACAUGCAACAUGCUGGCAAUGCUCCUUGCUAUAAAUUCGUGCCCUAAGUUAACCGAUUGCAACCGAUUCUACUCCUUCUGUUUCUGUCAGAUUUGUUUUGUUAUAAUUCUGUUUUUUUAUAAUUAGGUUUAUUUAUUGAACAAUUGUAAAUUCUAUUUUUGUACUCUCGAAAUUUAGUUGCAACUUUAUACUCCCGCCUCCACUGUCCUAUUGUAUGCGCCUAAAUAUUUAUAUUUUCAUUUAUUUUAAAAACGAUCGGAUGUAACGAAGAGAUAGGAAGCCCAGCCAGAAACCAGCAAACCCGCAAACAAAA